UUCAUUUUCCUUGUUAAACUCAGGAAAGACGCGUAAAAAGAAGUUUUAAACACCACCUAAGUCAACAUUCGUUUCGAGAGUAUCAGGAUCUCGUCAUAAGAGAGAAAAAAUCUGCCUAAGAAAUCGAUCAUUCGGCGGCCAUGGAAGAAGAAAUCGACAAGGUGAAGUCUCAAAUGGUAGUUGAAGAAUGGAGUGGGACUUCGUCGAACAAACUGUCGUUGACGGCCGUUAUAUCUCCGUCUUCUUCUCCUUUGUCUUUCACGUUGAAAAGACAUGGUAAUCGAUUCAAGCUUUUUUCCCGAAGGUUCCUCGAGGCAUUUGUUCCUGAGGGAUUUCCAAGCAGUGUGACUCCAGAUUACAUCCCUUUUCAGACAUGGGAUUUAUUGCAGGGCCUUUCAACAUACAUAAGGACCAUGCUUUCUACACAAGCUCUCUUAAGUGCUAUAGGAGUUGGGGAGAAAUCAGCAACUGUAAUUGGGGCUACUUUUCAGUGGUUUUUGAGGGAUUUAACUGGAAUGCUUGGAGGUGUCAUGUUCACAUUCUACCAGGGCUCAAACUUAGAUAGCAAUGCCAAAAUGUGGCGUCUGGUUGCAGAUCUCAUGAAUGAUCUUGGAAUGCUGAUGGACCUUGUUUCUCCAUUGUUCCCUUCGGCAUUUAUAUUCAUUGUCUGCAUAGGAAGCUUGUCAAGAUCUUUCACUGGUGUUGCCAGUGGAGCAACUAGAGCUGCUUUGACCCAACAUUUUGCUCUUCAGAACAAUGCAGCAGAUAUAUCUGCAAAGGAAGGAAGCCAAGAGACAGUGGCAACAAUGAUUGGAAUGGCUUUAGGGAUGCUUCUUGCACACAUUACAAUGGGACACUCAACUAUCAUUUGGCUCUCUUUUUUGUCCCUCACAAUCUUCCACAUGUAUGCUAAUUACAAAGCUGUUAGGUGCCUUAAUCUCACUACAUUAAACUGUGAAAGAAGCUCAAUUCUUUUGUUGCAUUUCAUGGAGUCUGGUGGAGUUUUGUCUUCAAAAGAGGUCUCUGCGUUAGAGCAUGUGUUGCCUUUAUGGAUGAGUAGUUGGAGUUCAAAAAAUACAAAAUCUCUGUAUACACGUGUACGCCUAGGUGUCAGGGUUUCCUCACUCAACACUUUGGAAAUGAAGGAGCUAUUAGGUUAUGCUGGAUCUGAGUAUGAAAAAGGAAAAUACUUGUUACUUGAGAAUAAAGGAAUUGUGAGCAUUGUUGUGCAUAAAGAUUCAAGUAGUGGAGAUGUGAUGAAGGGAUUCAUGCAUGCUCUUGUUAUGGCGAAUCUGUUAGAUGAUAAGAAAAGCCAAAUGUGGAUGAACAAACACUAUCAAGACUUUAUUUUCAAGAUUCAAUCGUGUGGUUGGAAAACAGAGCGACUUUUGUCAUCAUCAAUCGUAUGGAGAGCAAACUGGACACAUAAAAAGAUAAACUAGAAGAUAUGUAACACCUGUUCACACAAAAUCAAUCAAUUAACAAAAAUCGAAUUCGUUUUUUAAUGAUUAAAUGGGCAUUGUUAUUUGUGAUUUGAG